GUAGACUCAAGCUGUACUUUUCUACUCCUUUGUUCUCUUUUUCUUCUUUUUUAUUUAUUUUGUAAACAAAUAUCAGUCUUUACAUGUCUUCUCAGCCUAUUAAAGCAUACUCAAAGCUAAAAAUCGAUAAACCAAAGCCAUCCUUUCUAUCCUGGAUCUUUCAUCACAACACAGAUAAUGAGGAUAGUAAUAAACUAGAGACUGAAGAUUACGAAGAGGAGACUAAAGAGAGAAAGCAUAAACUAUUAAUAUCUGCACUUCCAGAGCAUACAGAUACGCAACUAUCGCUAUCACCUUCACCUGUGUCUUUUCAAGAGUGCUCUUUCGAAUCAAGGAUACCCCAGUACUCAGCAUCGCACAAUGGCUCAUCAUCUGAAAUCAAAAUACCUUCCCGUCAUCAAAGUCGCUACUACUCUCAGAUUUAUGGCAAUAAUCCUCUUCCAAGUGCUGAUGUAGUCAAUAAAACAAUUCAAACGGAUUAUAAAAGACGAUCAUGCUCUGCUCGUCUUUCUCCUAAUAUAGAUGUCAAUGGAUCUUCCUUGACCAGAUCUGCAAGCUGGCAACCUUCUUCACAAAAUCAGAGCGGCAAUAAUGAUCCAAAGCAUGUGCUGUAUAGCAUACCAGAUAGAAGAACAAGUCGUAAUUAUUCACAAGAUCCUAAUAUUCAAGCUAAACUAAACGAAAUGCUCAAUAACGAAAGAACGCAGCUAAUAUCACAAAUCAUUCAGCAUCGUAAAUAACGCAUGAAUGUAAUCCCCCCUUUUUUUCUUUUUUGAAAAUAAACAUGGUCCCUGUGGCGUUCUUUAUUCGUGACUCGUUUUCUUUAAAUUCAUUUGAAAGCUUCCCUCACAGAGCUUUUUUUACAAUAGCGCAUUUUUUUUACCUGUAAUAGACUAGAAUCAGAUGGAUUACAAAAAGACAACCAUAAAGAAACAACCAAAAAUACAAACGUCAAAAAAGACGGCAGAAGCAAGAUAUUGGAAACGUUUCAAGGUAAACCUUUUUUGUGUAUAAUUUGAAUAUGUAUUGACUUUUUACUACCAGUCGCCUAUUGUCAUUAAAGAG